CCGAGGGCACAGUCCUCGCGGAGGGCAGGAGGAACAGAACCCCGCCCCCAGCGCGCUGACCCUGCAGAGCGCGGGGCUCAGUCCCUCCAGCUGGCACCGAGGUCCCCCAGCCCGCCCCGGCUGACUUGGCCCUGCUGGAUGUCACCUGAGCCGAGUUUGUCCAGUUUGGGAAUUUGCCAUGAUGUCACUAUGGGGAAAAGGAAAGCCUGCACUUGUCCCCUCCACUGGUACCGCACCCUCCCUACCACUGCCCUCUUCCCCUGGACUUACUCUCUUCCACAGGAUCUCUUCAGCCUGGCAUUAACCUCAUCACACUGCUCUCCUCCUGAGCACUGCCCCUUCCGCUUGGUACUACCUGUUGCCCCACCACUGCCUUCUCCCUCCAGACGCUGAUCUGCAUGCCCCUUCAUCCUGGCGCUAUCCUCUCCCACGAAUACCAGCUCCUCCCUUAUACUGCCCCUUCCUCUCACACUGCCCCCUUCCUGGGCACCGUCCUCCCUCCUGGGCACCGCCUGUGCCUCCCACAUGCCCCCUCAUCCUGAUCCUGCCUUCUCCCGCACACUGCCUGUUUCCUGGGCCCGAGCCUCUCCCCUGACACAAUCUCUUACACUGCCCAUCCACUCUGUGCUCACCCCACCCUCUGCUCUAUCCUUCUUUAGACCCUGGUAGAGAAUGCAGAUCCCCAGCAGGCUGUUCCCCAUGGUGGCGAGAAGUCAGUAGCUACUCGAGUUUCUCCUUGGGACCUGCCAAGGAAAAGCGACCUCUGUACGCCCACACCCUCCUCCCAGGAGCGGCCUCCCGGCACCUAGACAUCUCUUCCCUCCGGCCUCAGCCCUUCACCUUCCCUCCCCACCUCCACCCUGGUGCACCCCACAGGCCGGGUUACUCCAGGUGAGACUCCCAAGAGGACCAGCAGGUAAGGGAAGGAGGAGGAAAGAGGAUGAAAGAGAUCGAGAGUCUCAGUUCCGAGCAUCCCCCCCUCACGCCCGCCUUCUGGGCCUAGCGUCUCCCAACGAGUCCCUUCAGCUUUGCUUCUCACCCUCGACGGAGCAGAAGGGCCUUGCCAGGCCCGUCUGGCCCCUCCGGAGAAGCAAGAGAGGGCGCCACUCCUGAGAGAUUGAGCGCAAAGAAUCUGAUUAAACGGUUCAGCAGACCCCGGCCCCAGGCCCUGCUGAGCCCCAACGUCUCCGGCUCCUCCUGCUCCGUCACUGGGCGCCGCGGGCCUGGCCCGGCCCUUCCACGUGCCAGCGGACCCGCCCCCGCUUGGCCCCAAUUGCCCCUCUCAGUUCCUGGCCUUUGCGCAGAGGGAGCGCAGGUUAGCACGUUCCAAGCGCCCCCUGCCGCCUCCCCGGAGCCUCGGAGGCGGCCUCAACGCAGACCCCCGCCCGGCUGGGCCGGCCCCUGUGGAUGGCCCGGCGGGCGGAGCAGCACAAGAGGGCACCGCCCUCGGCCCGCCCGCCGAGGAGGGGACGCGAGCUGGAGGUUGAGCCCGAAGCGCCUGCACGGGGCCCGCCGCACUCUGCACUCGGCCGCCCGGGCGGCGGGAACGGGACGGGUGCCGGCGCGGGCUCUGCCGGCCGGGAGCCGAGUCCGGGCCCGAGCCCGAGCCGCACCGGGAGGCCAGAGGACUGUGGGCGGAGAUGGCGGCCGCGUCGGCCGCGACAGUGGCGGAAGGGAUGGAGCCGCGGGCGCUGCAGUACGAGCAGACCCUGAUGUAUGGCCGGUAUACUCAGGACCUUGGGGCCUUUGCCAAAGAGGAAGCUGCUCGGAUUCGCCUGGGAGGGCCCGAGACCUGGAGGGGUCCACCUUCCCCUCGGGCUCCCCCAGAGCUCCUGGAAUAUGGACAGAGCCGUUGCGCCCGAUGCCGCAUCUGUUCCGUACGCUGCCAUAAGUUCCUAGUGUCCAGGGUUGGUGAAGACUGGAUCUUCCUGGUCCUGCUGGGGCUCCUCAUGGCUCUGGUCAGCUGGGCCAUGGACUAUGCCAUCGCUGCCUGUCUGCAGGCUCAACAGUGGAUGUCCCGAGGCUUGAACACUAGCCUCUUGCUCCAGUACCUGGCCUGGGUCACCUACCCCAUCGUUCUCAUCACUUUCUCAGCUGGAUUCACACAGAUCCUGGCUCCUCAGGCUGUCGGGUCUGGCAUCCCUGAGAUGAAGACCAUCUUGCGAGGAGUGGUGCUGAAGGAAUACCUCACCCUGAAGACCUUUGUAGCUAAGGUCAUUGGGCUGACCUGUGCCCUGGGCAGCGGGAUGCCCCUUGGCAAAGAGGGCCCUUUUGUGCAUAUCGCCAGCAUGUGUGCUGCCCUGCUCAGCAAGUUCCUCUCCCUCUUUGGGGGCAUCUAUGAGAAUGAAUCCCGGAACACAGAGAUGCUGGCUGCUGCCUGUGCCGUGGGAGUAGGCUGCUGCUUUGCAGCACCUAUUGGAGGUGUCCUAUUCAGCAUUGAGGUCACCUCCACCUUCUUCGCUGUGCGGAACUACUGGCGAGGCUUCUUUGCUGCCACCUUCAGUGCCUUCAUCUUCCGGGUCCUGGCGGUCUGGAACCGUGAUGAAGAGACCAUUACAGCUCUCUUCAAAACCCGAUUCCGGCUUGACUUCCCCUUUGACCUCCAGGAGCUGCCGGCCUUUGCUGUCAUUGGUAUUGCUAGUGGCUUUGGGGGAGCGCUCUUUGUCUACCUGAACCGGAAGAUUGUCCAGGUGAUGCGGAAGCAGAAAACCAUCAACCGCUUCCUCAUGAAGAAGCGCCUGCUCUUCCCAGCUCUGGUGACACUGCUCAUCUCCACUCUGACCUUCCCCCCUGGGUUUGGACAGUUCAUGGCCGGACAGCUCUCACAGAAAGAGACUCUGGUCACCCUGUUUGACAACCGGACGUGGGUCCGCCAGGGUCUGGUAGAGGAGCUAGAGCCACCGGGAACCUCACAGGCCUGGAGCCCACCACGUGCCAACGUCUUCCUCACCCUGGUCAUCUUCAUUCUCAUGAAGUUCUGGAUGUCUGCACUGGCCACCACCAUCCCAGUGCCCUGUGGGGCCUUCAUGCCAGUCUUUGUCAUUGGAGCAGCAUUUGGGCGUCUGGUGGGAGAAAGCAUGGCUGCCUGGUUUCCAGAUGGGAUUCACACUGACGGCAGCACCUACCGGAUUGUGCCUGGUGGCUAUGCAGUGGUGGGGGCAGCUGCACUGGCAGGAGCAGUGACACACACAGUGUCCACGGCUGUGAUCGUGUUCGAGCUCACAGGCCAGAUUGCCCACAUCCUACCCGUCAUGAUUGCCGUCAUCCUGGCCAACGCCGUUGCCCAGAGCCUACAGCCCUCACUUUAUGACAGCAUCAUCCGGAUCAAGAAACUGCCCUAUUUGCCUGAACUGGGCUGGGGCCGCCACCAGCAGUACCGGAUGCGAGUGGAGGACAUCAUGGUGCGGGAUGUUCCCCACGUGGCCCUCAGCUGCACCUUCCGGGACCUUCGAUUAGCACUGCACAGGACCAAGGGCCGCAUGUUGGCCCUAGUGGAAUCCCCUGAGUCCAUGAUCCUCCUGGGCUCCAUUGAGCGCUCACAGGUGGUGGCAUUGCUGGGGGCGCAGCUGAGCCCAGCCCGCCGACGGCAGUACAUGCAGGAGCAUCGAAAUGCCCAGACCUCUCCACCGUCCGAUCAGGAGAGUCCCCCUAGCCCUGAGACCUCCGUCCGCUUCCAGGUGAACACAGAGGACUCAGGUUUCCCUGCAGCCCGGGGGGAGACUCACAAGCCCCUGAAGCCUGCUCUCAAGAGGGGGCCCAGCAACACCAUGAACCUCGGGGAGAGUCCCACAGGGAACAUGGAGCAGGCAGGCAUCGCCCUCAGGAGCCUCUUCUGUGGCAGUCCACCCCCCGAGGCUGCUUCAGAGUUGGAGAAGUCCGAAUCAUGUGACAAGCGCAAGCUGAAGCGGGUCCGAAUCUCCCUGGCGAGUGACUCAGACUUGGAAGGCGAGAUGACCCCUGAGGAGAUUCUGGAGUGGGAGGAACAGCAACUAGAUGAACCUGUCAACUUCAGCGACUGCAAAAUUGACCCUGCCCCCUUCCAGCUGGUGGAGCGGACCUCUUUGCACAAGACUCACACCAUCUUCUCACUACUGGGAGUGGACCAUGCUUAUGUCACCAGUAUUGGCCGACUCAUUGGGAUCGUCACCCUAAAGGAGCUCCGGAAGGCUAUCGAGGGCUCUGUCACAGCACAGGGCGUCAAAGUCCGGCCGCCCCUGGCCAGCUUCCGUGACAGUGCCACCAGCAGCAGUGACACAGAGACCACAGAGGUGCAUGCACUCUGGGGGCCCCGCUCCCAUCAUGGCCUCCCCCGGGAGGGGAGCCCUUCUGACAGCGAUGACAAGUGCCAAUGAACCCCCUCAGUGGGUGGCCUAGGAUGGCAGUGGCUGUGGCUGUUGGUCUAGACCGUGAAGCUCUCCUGUCCCGUCUGCCUUGGGAAAGGAGGCGCCUGCACUAAAGGCUGGAGCCCUAGCCUCCCUUCCAGUCCUGGGGUGCCAAGCUCCUCCUGGUUCAUCCUACCUGGAAUCUGACCCAGUGCCCACCUGUAGCAAGUGUUCCAUGGGCAGGAAGAUCAGCGUCCCCCUGGCAGGACAGGGGUGGAGUCACUUGACCCCUGCUCCCCCUUUGAGGGGGAAACGGGUAGAACUAAGAUGGGUUUAUACUGGAACCUCCAAUGACCAGAUGUAUAUAGAGAUUUACAAAGAUUUUUAUAUUAAUUUAAUAAAACAAAUUCUUAAAUAGAACAAAAUAAACACCUAAUGAGCCACUUAUAUAUAGAA